AUGUCUGGCGAAGACACUCAGAAUAGGUUGGAGGCAAUCAAACAGUAUCUUGCUACUUCAUCUUCUUCUCGGACUUCGCGGACUAUUACUGAUAAUCCACUCUUUCAACGUCUUGCUCAUCAAGUGGAUCCUGUGAAAGUGCCCUUACCAUCUCACGACUCAGAUUCAGACGAUUCUAUUACAUCUUACAGAGAUAUGGCACAAAAUAGGACGUUGAAAGAGUUGGCUGCGCCAGAUAUUGAUCAACAACCGCUUUGCAUUCAAUAUGCACCUCUUGAUGUGAAUUUUGAGCUUAAGUCGGGCCUCAUUCAUCUAUUGCCAUCGUUCCAUGGGCUGCCUGGUGAGGAUCCGAAUAAUCAUCUCAAGGAGUUCCAUAUUGUAUGCUCCAGUAUGAAGCCAGCCUCAGUGACAGAAGAACAAAUAAAACUCCGAGCUUUUCCUUUCUCUCUAAAGGAUUCAGCAAAGGAGUGGCUGUAUUAUCUCCCCCCUGGUACUGUGGAGACCUGGAACACUAUGAAGACCUUGUUUUUGGAGCGGUAUUUUCCAGCGUCUAAAGUGGGGAGUAUAAGGAAAGAAAUUUGUGGCAUCAGGCAGGCUGUGGGAGAAUCACUCUACGAUUACUGGGAGCGCUUUAAGCGGUUGUGUGCUAGUUGUCCUCACCAUCAGAUCAGUGAGCAACUAUUGAUUCAAUAUUUCUAUGAGGGAUUACUGCCGUUGGACAGAAGUAUGAUUGAUGCAGCCAGUGGAGGGGCACUAGUGGACAAGACUCCUGCAGCAGCCAGGAGCUUGAUUUCUAAUAUGGCAGCUAAUUCCCAACAGUUUGGUAUUCGCCAGGAGCAUAUGUCAACUUCAAGAAGGGUUAACGAGGUGCAAACUACUGUUGAUAAUCAACUUGGUCAACAGAUAGCUCAACUGACUUCAGUGGUACAACAACUAGCUUUGGGCCAACAGGUGCGGCCAUGUGGAAUCUGUCAAGUAGUGGGGCACCCUACUGAUACGUGCCCCACUCUAGUCGAGGGAGAAACUGAGGGUGUUAACGCUGUAGGAAAUUUUCCUGGUCAAUUACGUCAGAUGUAUUAUGAACCAUUUUCACAAACCUAUAAUCCUGGCUGGCGUGAUCAUCCAAACCUUCGAUAUGGGAAUCAACAACAACUAGCUCCACAACCAACAGCAGCAAGACCACCUGGUUUCACUACACAACAGAGGUCUCAAAAUAAUUAUGCACCUAGACCAUCACAACCACCGCAGGCUGCUCCACCACCAAAUGCUAAACCUUCUACUGAGGAUUUAAUCAAUGCUCUUGCCACAAAUACUCUUCAAUUUCAGCAAACCACCCAAGCUUCCAUCAAGAGUUUGGAGAAUCAGGUGGGACAAUUAGCGGCAUCAUAUAACCGGUUGGAGGCUCAUCUGUCAAAUAAAUUGCCUUCACAACCUGAGAUGAAUCCCAAAGAGAAUGCUAGUGCAGUAACUUUGCGUAGUGGGACGCAAUAUGAUCCACCUAAUCCUCCAGUGCCCAGUACAUUGUCAUCCAAGCCACAAGUUGAUUGCUCAGUCAAUGAUGAUGUUCCACCAAAGCCAACCACCCCUACACAACUCAGGCCUAAGCCUACUAUUGUCAUUCCACCUCCAUUCCCAAGCAGACUGAAAAAGACUAAAAAGGAAGAGGUUGACAAGGAGAUUCUUGAUACAUUCCGAAAGGUAGAAGUGAAUAUUCCUCUUCUUGACGCUAUUAAAUAA